AUGUCGGCUCUGGCAGCAGAGAAAACCGCGCAGCUCAGCCAAGUCAGUCAUCCCGGCCACAUCGACGAUGUCUCGGUCUCGCAAGAGGUCGAGAUGCUGCGCACACUCCGGGGCGUCGCUGCCGUGGAAGUCGCAGCGCGGCUGGAACCCCCCGUCCGGACGAGCAAGCGCAUGCUCCAGCUCUAUUUCAUCUGCGGCUUCAUGUUCCUCGGGUCGACGAUGAACGGGUACGACGGCGCGCUGAUGGGCAGUCUGCUGGCCCUGCCGUCGUUCCAGGACCAAUUCGGCGCCACCAUCCUGGGCAUCAAGACGGGCAUCAUCUCCAGCAUGCUGCAGAUCGGGUCGGUGUCGGCGCUACCCAGCGUGGGACCCUGCGCUGAUCUCUUCGGCCGUCGAGUCGGCAUUGCGGUCGGGUGUGGCUUUGUCGUCAUGGGCACGAUCCUCCAGGGCACCUCCCACCACGUGAAUCAAUACAUGGCGGGACGGUUCUUCAUCGGGUUCGGGAGCACCAUCGCAAACGCCAUCUGCCCGUCGUAUGUGGUGGAGUUUGCGCAUCCGACGAUGCGCGGCGUCAUCACCGGCCUGUACAAUACCUGCUAUUACCUGGGGGCUAUCCUGGCGGCGGCCGUGCUGCGAGGCUGUGUGCACUACGCUUCGGACAAGGCGUGGUUGAUCCCGACGUGGUUGCAGAUGGGAUUCCCGGCCAUCCUGUUGCUGGGGUGCUUGUUCUUCCCCGAAUCGCCGCGCUGGCAAUAUUCGCAUGGCAAGUUCGACGCCUGCAAGGCGUCUCUGAUCAAAUACCACGGCAACGACGACCCGGACUCCCUGUGGGUGAAGCUGCAGAUGCGAGAGUUCGAGGAGGAGCUGGAGCUCGACGGCGCGGACAAGCGCUGGUGGGACUACCGCUCGUUGUUCAACUCUCGGGCCUCGUUGUACAGGGUGCUGUUGUGCGCGGUCGCAAUCUCCGCCUUCUCCCAGUGGACCGGCCAGGCUGGCGUGUCGUACUUUUUACCGGGCAUGCUCUCGACCAGCGGCAUCACCGACACGACGACCAUUCUCGACAUCAACCUCGGCACCACCUUGAGUUCCGGCAUUGCCGCCGUGUCGGGCGCCAGCCUGAUGGAUCGGUUCGGCCGGAGAAAAGUCCUCAUCCCUUGUUGCGCAACACUCACGGGCAUCUGGGCCAUCAUGGCGGCCUGUACGGGCGUGUACUACCAGGACGACAACGCCGCGGCGGCAAAAGCCUCCGUGGCUUUCAUCUUCUUGAUCGGCAUGGUCUUCAGCUUUGCCUACACGCCUCUGCAGGCCUUGUAUCCCGUCGAGACCCUGUCUUAUGAGCAACGUGCAAAGGGCAUGGCGCUGCAGAACAUCGCGGGAAACGCAGCCGGCUUGGUCAACAUGUUUGCCAUCCCCGUGGCUCUGCAGCAAAUCACCUGGAAGACCUACUUUGUGUUCAUGGCCACGUGUGGCCUCGAGGCCGUGUACUACUGGUUCCUGAUGGUAGAGACCAAGGGCCAUACGUUGGAGGAGAUGAAUGCCAUUUUCCGAGCCAAGAAUCCCGUGCAAGCCAGUCUGGUCAGGAAAGACGAAGUGGAACAAGCAACGACGAAGGUCAAGGAGGUGGUAGAGCUGAAGGAGGUGGCAUGA